CGCUUUGAAGUAGAUAUUAUACAUUAUAUAUACAUUUAUAUAUAUUUAUCUAAAAUAUAUAUAUAUUAGAAUUAUAUAUAAAAAUAUCUAAAGAUGGGGAAACGUAAAGCGAAAAGAAAGGUCGUUAAGAAAUUAAAGGAGAAACUCGAUGUUCAAUUCAACUGCCUAUUCUGUAACCAUGAAAAGAGUGUCGACGUUAAACUGGAUCAGGCAAAUAAAGUAGGCCAUCUAACAUGCAAAAUUUGCGAUAUGACCUGGCAAUGCCCAAUCAAUGUGCUUGAUGAACCCGUGGAUGUUUACUCGGCAUGGAUUGAUGCAUGCGAAGAUGUUAACAAGAGCAAGCGAAAUGCACGAGUACGUGACAGAGAACGAGAGCGCGCAGAAGAGGAUGUCCGACCAUCAUCCUCAAACUAUUCGAGUGGCCGCUUAGAUCCCUAUGAUGAGGAUGAGGAUGAUGAGGAUGGCGAUUAUUAGAGCCACGCACAGACAGACCCACAGACCAACAAACUCACAGGCACAUAUCUUUAUUUUAUCUAUCUAUCUCUCGAUCUCGAUCCUCCCCCCCUCUUUUUCUUUCUUUCUUUCUUUCUUUCUUUACUGCUACUCUUUGUACAUAAUACUUGGUUAAAAUGCACAAGUUUCAUAUUAGCCUAAACU